GAUCGAUUAGCAAUCAUGCAUGUAGUACUUCAGUUGCAAUCAGACUGCAGACAGUAACGAUAGUUCCAUGCGAUCUGUUCGAGGUUCGAGCUAAACGAGCGUCGAGCACUUUCUUGAUUGCGGGGUUAAAGUUUUUGGGUCAAGUAUAAUCUUCUAAGUUCGCAUUCAUUAUGAAUUUCAUUGAAUAUCUGGUUACCUUAUGGUAUUUCUCAUACCACGCACUAGCACAAACCGCUUCUUCAUUGUUAAUGCUUCCAAACGAUCGUUGUACUUUGGACGAUUGUCAUCUUCGGUACAAUCAAUUGUCGUAUGAACAAACAAGGAGACCAGUUUUCGCUGAACGCGCAUAUUUGAAAGAAUUCGCUCACAUUGGGGCAAUCGGAUGGACUCAGCCGGAUGGCACUAUUUCGUGGAACUGCGGUGGAACACUAAUCUGGGAUAAUUUUGUACUAACAGCUGCCCACUGUGCCGUGGAUUCCAACAAUAAACGACCGGACGUGAUUAGAUUUGGGGAUUUAAAUAUUUACAGCUCCGAUGAUGAUGAGUACGCUCAACAGCUUAAAAUUAUUGAAGUUAUAAGACACCCUGAGCAUCGGUACGCUGCUCAAUACCACGAUAUUGCACUGAUGAAACUGGAGAAAAAUGUUACCCUUCAUGAAACGGUAGUACCGGCAUGUCUUUGGGCUGACGAAGAAAUGAGGUUCAGAUCGUUGGAAGCUGCCGGUUGGGGCAAAACAGGAUAUGCUACGGAGAAAACACCUGUACUGUUGAAAGUAUCCCUCAAACCAAUGGACAACGAAGAGUGUGGUAAAAUUUACACGAAUGAUACAAACCGCAGGUUACGCUUUGGUCUCCAGGAUCAUCACAUUCGUGCUGUGGAUGAAAAAAUGGAUACUUGCGAGGGUGAUUCAGGAGGUCCACUUCAAGUUUAAUUGACGCACAAUGGAAGGCUGACACCUUUCAUUGUUGGAGUCACGUCUUUCGGAGGGGUUUGCGGAUUUUCAACUCCUGGCGUAUACACGAAGGUGUCUUCCUAUCGCGAUUGGAUUAUUUAUACGAUGCAAAACCACGGAUC